GCGGAGCGCCCGGCAAGUUCCCGGAGGAAGGGUCGAGGGUUUCGGGGGGGGUGGUAAAGACAGGGAGGAGUCGUGCGAGGAAGAGGAGGCGGUGGCGACUUUGCUUUUCGGAAAUUGCUGAGGUUUUGGGUUGAAGGAGCCGUUUCCAUGAAGGUUCUUUCGAAGAUCUACAGUCUCCAGUUACUUUUGCCAUGCUAAUAUUUCCAAAAUUGAAGAUGUACCUUUUUCUUAGUCGAAGUUUUAACUUUAUGAUGGAAGUUUAAACAUCAAUGGGCAUAUACCUUUUUUGGAAGGAGCUUUGUUUCUGUUCAAUUAUAAUUUUUCAAGAAGGCCUCUAUUUAAGUGAAACCUUGCACUCAAUUUUCUGCUCAUUUUGGAAAUUCUAUUCCUUAUAAAGGUCAUCUUUCAGUUGCACUUCAAACAUUAACCAUUUUGCUUUGAUUUCAAAUAAAGACAUUUAAAUAAAAGGCAAUCAGCAGUUUUACUUACUCUUGGCUUUGCUCAUCAAUUUCAUUCCAAGUAGUAAUUUUUUUUCUUAAAUAGAAUAGGUGCAUAAAAUAACUUGUCUGUUUUUGCAUGUUAUUAUGCCAGUUCAGGAAAUUAUAUUGAGCUAGGAAUGGGAGAGAAAAGCAACUUCAAAACUGCUUUUUUCCUCAAACAAAUAUGACGUCAAAAUAAGACCCUAUGCACAUUGGCUGCUGCAUGUAUACGUCACAACAGAACUUUAGAAGUACACAGUUGAUACUCUACAAUCAUUUAAUAGCAGAACUUUUUUCCUUUCGUAUAAUUUAAUUUCUUAAAGUCUAUCUUGUAAUACAAUUAAUGCUCUAAAUUUAACUCACCCUGCCAAGUAUUUGGUUGCAUUCUGAUAUCAGAAUCCCAUUCUGGGCAAUCAGCUUGGUCUGUCCAGAAGAUCAAGUCAAAACUUGCUGUGAGCUGGUGAUUCAGAGGAACAACUCUCAUGAAUCAUUCACUCUCUUCCCUUCCCUUUUCUUCUCCCAUCAGUUUUUCAUCUUUCCUCUCUCUCCCACCACUAGCCCCUCCCCAGCCCACCAAUCUCCUCCAGACUCAAACUUACCUGAUGGUGGUGGUCAUCCUUGCAAGUUGAUAGCAGUUAAGAUUAAUAUCACUGCAAUGCAUAGAACCUGUCAGGUUAGGAUAGGAUUUAGGGCCUGGUUAGGAUAGGAUUUAGGGCCUAACUCUUUUAAGUGAAAUUCAGGAGUUGGUCUCUUCAGCCUUCCUGCAUUUUUUUAAUUGCUCACCUAUGUGCAGCGCUCCAGUCUUACGCCCAUAAAUUUUUAGCUUUGGAAACUAGUAACAAAGCUCCUCCCAAAAAAAGGUAUGCCCUUGUUCUGCAAAAUAUUCUUCAUGAAUAUACUUCAAAAUCAAAGUUUUAGCAACUUUAGAAUAGGUGGUGAUCAAGAACUGCAAUAUGACCUGUCUUCAGAACUAUACCGCAUUUCAACGUUUGCUAAAUUCCCGCCAAGUGUUUUGAUAUCUGAAAGGAACCUUGCACGUGCUGGAUUCUAUUACACCAAUAUUGGUGAUAAAGUGCAGUGUUUCUCUUGUGGGGUUAUUGUUGAGAACUGGCAACCAGGAGAUAAUGCAGUUGAAAGGCACAAAAGGGCUAACCCAGGCUGCAGUUUCGUUAAUACCCUACGUUCGAGCCUUGACUGCUCUUCAAGUCGCUCUCGAUUUUCUCUGCCAAGUGGCUCUUUUUUUCAGUCGUCAUAUUAUGAAAAUGCAGCGCCACCUGAUUUGUACUGCAGCAGUCUUCCUGAUCCAGUGGCCUCCAGAAGUGUGGAAGACAUGUCACAACAAUUGAGAUACCCACAUUACAGUGCAGCUAUGUAUAAUGAAGAAACAAGACUUCAAACUUUUCAGAAUUGGCCCUCCUAUUCUUCUUUAAUUCCAAUAGAGCUAGCUAAAGCUGGGUUUUAUUAUACUGGGGAAGAUGAUAAAGUUGCAUGUUUUGUUUGUGGUGGAAGAUUAAGUAACUGGGAACCUGGUGACCGUGCAUUAACUGAACAUAGAAGACAUUUUCCUUCAUGCCCCUUUGUUUUGGGUAAUGAGGUUGGUAACGUUCCCAUGAAUAAUUCAGAAUCGCAAAGACUGAAUCGACAUGCUGCCAUACAUCCAAGACAUCCCGAAAUGCAGUCUUAUGAUACACGGCUACAGACAUUCUUGAGAUGGCCAGUGAGGAAUUUUAUGCAACCCGAACAGCUAUCUCGAGCUGGUUUCUACUAUGUUGGUCAAAAUGAUGAUGUGAAAUGCUUUUAUUGUGAUGGUGGCCUGAGGAGCUGGGAGGCUGGAGAUGACCCAUGGGUGGAACAUGCAAAAUGGUUCCCAAGGUGUGACUAUCUUCUCCAAGAGAAGGGACAAACAUUUGUAAAUCAGAUUCAGACAAGGUUUCCAAACCUGCUUGAUUUCCAGUUUGUAGCUGCAUUCCAGUUCGAUGACACCUUGGAGGAAACUCAAACAGCAGUUCAUUUUGAGCCUGGAGAAAGUCGUUCAGAGGAUGCAGUCAUGAUGAACACACCAGUUGUUAAGGGAGCUAUGGAAAUGGGUUUUGGUCGAAAACUUGUGAAGCAGACAGUCCAAAGAAAAAUUGUCACAAGUGGCGAGAAUUACAAAUCUGUUAUAGAAUUAGUGACUGACUUAUUGAAUGCUGAAGAUGAAGAAAGACAAGAAGACAGAGAAAGAAAACUGGAAGAGAUGGAUGAAGAUGUAUUACUAUUGAAAAAAAAUUCUGUCGCUUUGAGUCAUAAUUUGACAAAUGUAACACCUUUGCUCGAAGAUCUAGAAAUGCGUUCUGUUAUUAAUAAAAUGGAAAGUGAUGCGAUCAAACAAAAACCUUGUGCGAAUGAACAGGUCAGAGAGCUAGUUGAGGUGAUAAUUCACAAAGAAAGAGCAGCAGCUGAAGCCUUCAAAGAUGUGCUUUUGAAACAUGAACCUGAAUUGCAUGAGAAACUAUAUGUUCAAAAAAGCCUGUCUUACUGUCCAUCGGAUAUGUUGGGUCUGUCUAUGGAAGAGCAAUUACGAAGGUUGCAGGAAGAAAGAACUUGUAAAGUGUGCAUGGACAAAGAGGUCUCAGUCGUGUUUAUAACGUGUGGUCAUUUGGUUGUUUGUACAGACUGUGCACCCUCCCUUAGAAAGUGCCCAAUCUGCCGUGAUACCAUAAAAGGAACAGUUAGAACCUUCCUUUCAUAAUCUUGUAAUUAGUUCACUGAUAAAUGCAUUGUUUAGAUGAGAUGUACAUCUUAUUCUUAGUGAAAAAUUAAAUUGAUGUAACUUUCAGCAAUACUUUAGCCAGAUUAAAAUUAUUAGAACAGAGUACAUAAGCUUCUAUUCUUCAAGCCCUUUACAUAAAUCUUAAAUUAGGGCUUAAAUUAAAAGUAAUUAAUCUAGCUCUAUUGAGUGCUUGUGUUUUUUGUAUUUUUAAUGUGGUACAGGAAAUCAUGAUUUCAAUUUGUUUGAAAUACUGUUGCUCUGGUAACUCAUCCAUAGUUACAUAGAUGAUAUAGACUUUAAUCACAAGUUUAUUGCAGGCAUUUGAACCAUGGAUGAUGGGAAAAUUACUUAAUUUUACUGUAUUGCUAACUAAUGAGGUGGAAGAUCUUGGAAAUGGCAAUUGUAUGAACAAAUAUGUGAUAAUGUUGCAAAGGCGUUUCUUGUAUAGCAAUGGUGCAUGGAUAUUAGAAAUAUCUUAAAUGUGUUUGGCAUAGCUUAAAGUGCUAUACAAUACAAGAUCAGUUUUAAUAAAAAAAAUAAAAGUA